AUGGAGGAGCUGGGGGCGAGGGGUGGCCCAAGCCCGCCGCCAUCGGCUCAAGAUGAAGAGGCGAUGAAGCGGAUGAUUGAUGCCGGCGAAGACGAAGUCAACAGGGAUCGCCGCUCGACGGCAACUGAUGGCAGCCAGCGGAGAGGUUCAGGAAGAAAGCAUCACACCUGCCACAACAAGCACCGUAAGAGAAGUAAAUCGCAUCGACGAAAGCGCAAAUCGCGAGAAGAUCGGGAUUUGGAGGCGGGGCGAGGCGAGAGGAGGGAAGGGUCGUUUGAUCGUGCAAGGGAGGGAGAUGAGGAUGGCGAGUGGUCGCCUGGCGAGGCCGGGCAGCUCACACCCAAACACAUCUUCUACAACUACUACUCGACCGACGUGACAUGGGAAGAGCACGAGGAAUCGCUGGAGGGGGGCAAGUGGAGCGUGCGGGCCAAGAAGGCCGCGCUCAAGUUCGCCGUUGGCCACAAGGUCGAGCUCGCCAUCGCCGCCCUCUGUCUGUUCAUCCUCUUCCUUCUGCGCAUCUCAGCGUGGCAGGAGCUGAAGUGGCAAGGGUGGUACACGGUCUUCGUGGUCUGCGCUGCCUUCUUCAUGUUGGUCAAGAAUGUGGCGCCCAACGACGUGGUGAUGGUGUUCGUCACCACGCUCCUCCUCAUACCCGGCAUCAUCACCCCCAGUGAAGCGCUUACUGGGUUCUCGAGCGUGGGCAUAUUGACGAUCGCGGUGUUGUUUGUGGUGGCGGCCGGCAUCGCCGAGACCGGCUCCAUCGGCCUGUUGAGUGAGUGGGUGCUGGGCAAGACAACCAGCGUUUUCGUGGCGCAGCUGCGGCUCAUGUUGCCGCUCUCCUUCCUGUCGGCCUUCACCAACAACACUCCGCUGACCGCUAUUAUGAUCCCUGUGGUGCCGCGCCACGGGAAUCAAGCCAUCGAAGAUGAUGAUUCCUCUGUCAUCGGGUAUGUGGGCUUGCCGAUCGUGCUGGUGGGCCUCACCUACAUGCUCCUCAUCUCGCCAUUCCUGCUGCCCGAUCGCGAGAGUCCGAUGGACGAACUGCUCAGCCACCCGCGUGAGUACACAAUCACAGUGAUUGUGGAACACAAUUCAAGCAUCGACGGAAAGACUGUGGGCGCGGUCGGGCUCAACGCCGUCGACGGGCUGAUCCUCGUCAACCUCAUUAGGCGGGGUGUCGACAACCCAAACGUGUCGGCCGAAACGACACUCAACUCGGGAGAUCAGUUGAUCUUUGCCGGCGACGUCGAGAAGCUCGUGGACCUCUUCAUGAUCUCGGGCAUAAAACCCACCAACCAGGACGAUAAAAUCGUGCAUCCCUCAAUCAAUAAGGUCCUGGUCGAAGCCGUCGUCUCGCCCACGGGGUCGCUUGUCAACCGCACCAUCGGCGAGGCCGAUUUCGGGAAGCGGUACGGCGCGGCGGUGCUGUCGGUCGGGCGCGAGGGCGAGAAGAUCCAUUCGCACGCGCGCCUGGCGUCGUUUCGCCUACGCGGCGGGGACACCCUGCUCCUGGUGUGCCGGCCCGACCUGGCCUCGGGCCAGCACCACGUCGACGAUCCGGCCACCGCCGGCCCCGACAGCGGCGGCGAUUUCAUCACCGUGUCGCGGGUGGGCGGGUCCAGCGGCGGCAAGAUGGGCGUCGACUACGAGCGCAUGUGCCUCGCACCGGUCAUCGCCGCGAUCAUGAUCCUCGUCUCUACGUUCGAGCUGACGAGCCUGCUCACCGCAUCGCUGUGCGCAGCGUUCAUCAUGAUCAUCACCGGGUGCAUUUCGGUCGAGAAAGCAGUGGCGGCGACCAAUUUCAGGCUCAUCGCCAUGAUCGCGAGCUCCUUCGGCAUGGCCAUGGCCUGCGAAAAGACUGGCGUGGCCCAGAUCUUGGCUCACGAUCUGGUGUCGAUAUUCAUGCCAGCCGGUAGCUUUGGGUUGCUCUAUGGCGUCUACCUAUCGACGGCUCUGCUCACCUCGCUGCUCAAUAACGCCUCAGCGGCCGCAUUGAUGGUGCCCAUCGUGUUCUCGUUCCAGUCCAGCCUGGUGACCGGCGUGAACGUCAAGGCCUUCGUCUACUGCAUCAUGGUCGGCGCCAGUGCGGACUUCUCCACCCCGAUCGGCUACCAGACCAACCUCAUGGUGUGGGGUCCGGGCGGGUACAAGUUCAUGGACUACACGAAAGUGGGACUGCCGCUGCAGGCUCUCCUCUCCCUGAUCUCCGUGGGCAUCGUCUACUGGCAGUUUGCAUGA